AUGAGAUGCACCUCCAAAUGGGACCAAUUCAGCACGCGGCAUGCUCGCUUCCAAGUGGCGCCGUCCAAGCCAGUAGCACCCGUGAUUCCGCUCCGGAACGGCCAUAAUGCUGGUGUGCAUCUCGCCACUCCAUGCCAACCGAGUCGUUUGGCGAUGACGCUAAUCUAUAACAGCAACGUUCUCGUUUCAUCGCCUGGACCCGCAACACCGGCCUAUUACGCCACGCCUGGCGUCCUCUAUACGCCUAUGACAACAACAACACACGUCCCGUUGUACCCUUAUGUCUGCCAUACAUACACCCCGCACUCCGUCUACGCGUAUAUGUGGUAA